GUUUUGAGCCCAUGUCCUCAGACCGUCGAUCGCGGACGCAGUCGCGCGAGCGCAGCGAUGUGCCCAACACGAACGUUGGCAACAACCUCUACAUCGCCAACCUCCCCAUCAAGAUGAACCAAGAAGAAAUCAACGCGCUCUUCUCCAAGUACGGCCGGCUCUCGCGCGUGGACCUCAUCUCGGACCCCGUGACGCACGAGUCGCGCGGGUUCGCCUUUGUCACGUUUGAAGACAAGCGUGACGCCGACGAUGCGAUCGCGGGCCUGCACGAAACGGAGAUCAUGGGCCGCCGCAUCCGCGUUGAAGCUGCCAAGCGCGCGCGUGGCCACCCCAAGACCCCCGGCCAAUACCUUGGCCCGCCGGGCGCGAGCUCGCGUCCGCGCUACAACGAACCCCGUGGUCGCAGCGGUGAUCGUCGCCGUAGCCGCUCGCCGUACCGCCGGCGUGAACGUUCGCGCUCGCGCGGUCGUGACCGUGACCGCUCGCGUGAUCGCCGUCGCUCGCGCUCGCCCGUCCGGAAGGAGCGCUCUCGCUCGCGCGACCGCCGCGGCAGCUCCCGUGACCGCCGUGGCAGCUCGCGCGAUCGCCGCCGCGAUUAGAUAUUCCGGUCCGUAUGUAUGUAUCUCAUUUCUUAAUCUCCAUUAAGGAAGCGGAAGGCCGACCUACGCAGUUUGGCGAUAUACCA